GUAUAAACUGCAUAUGUCACAAUACAGAAAUCUAGGACAAUUGGCUGAUAUACUUUCGUGGUGAUGGCUCAUUCAUAUCAAAUAUCAUGUUCUAUUCGGUGUAGUAUUCUAUUGUGCCAUUAAAAUGCUAUUGUUAUAAAGAUACAUAUAAAAGCAUAUUUUGUUCAGUCGUGCGUUAUAACCUGUAUAUAUCACAAUAUUGAAAUCGAGGAUAAGUAUUACUUCUGUAAUCUCAACUGUUCUAUAUUUUAAUAAUAUGUGGAUAUUGCUAUAAUUUAACAUGAACUCUGUUCAAACUGGAUAUUCUCUGAUAACUCAAUUAUUAAAUAUAAUUGCUGUAGUUUUUACAAGGACUGUGUCUAACUGUUUUGAGAAGUAACUGUAAAAAUGGCGGAGGUAAGCGAUGAUACACAUAGCUGUAGCAUCUGUUUAGAGGAUUUUACUAAACCUAAAAUACUGCCAUGUUUUCACACGUUUUGUGAACAUUGUAUAGACGACCAUAUCAAGACACAUUCACAUCUCAACAAGUUUAAUUGUCCUAAUUGUAGAACAGAGAUUCAAGAACCUGAUGGUGGUGCAAGUGGGUUUUCAACAAACUUUUACAUCCAACCGAAAAGUAAAACGGAAAAACAUUUCUGUCGGAGACACAAGACAAAAGAAAUAGAAUUUUAUUGUCGUGAUUGUUCUGUUGCUGUUUGUAGUAGCUGUGUUAUAUUGGAUCAUACAACUCACUCAAAAACUGACCUUACUGAAGUAGACCAAGAAAUCAGAGGAAAAUUAAAUAUUAUAAAGGGGGAGUUAGAAGGGAAGAUUGAUGAACUCGAUAAACGCUGUGAAUCUUUAACCAAUCAAAUAUCUGAUAUCAAAAAUCAAGCUAAAACAGCCUGUGAGAAUGUUGAACAACAGGUUCAAAGAGUGUGUGAAGAAGUAAAAAAAUAUGGCAGUGAUAUAAAAUGUGAAAUGAAUAAAAUUCGUGAUAAAGAAAGUAACCAGUUACAGACAUUACAUGAAGAUAUGACCAUGUUGAAAAGUUCGCUACAGGCCAGUGUUAAAUAUAUAAAUGAUGUGCUGAAUGGUAAAUCUACUGUUCCAGUUGUAGAUGCUUUAACCAAUGUACAAACACUGGGUGAAGACAGCAGAACAUUCAGUUUAGAUAUACCCCCAGUAAGAUAUGUCUAUUAUCCUAUGGUAGAUAUAGAUGUUAAAACUUUACAACUACUACUAGGUCAAUUAGAAAUAAUGGAGUCACCAACCUGGACCUUUAGUUUUAGUUUGAACCGUAUAGUGAAAACAGAUGAGAACUAUUUAAGUGAUGAUAUAAUGAUACAAGGAAUGUCAUGGUGUGUAGGUGUUAAACAUCAAACAGAUACAUCAGGAUUAGUGUGUUACCUGGGUCUGAUGGGAUUAGAAGAUAAAACAGUUAAAACCGUUACAGCUAGUUUUACACUAAAACUAUUAAAUAUAAACGAUGUGAGUAAAUCUAUAGUUAAACGACAUACAGCUACAUUUAUACCUGGUGGUAAUGGAUGGGGUAAUUGCUUGAUAAGGUGGAACAAACUACAGGAUGUAAAUAACGGGUAUAUAAACAAGAAUAGGACAUUUAAUAUACAGGUCAUUGUACAAAUAAACAACAUAGAACGAUCCUGACAUUACAGUAUAUUACGGUCCGUGUAAGCAUAAUACAAGAACAUAAUGUUCAAUAUGAAACCAAUGCGAAUGGAUUAUGGUUGCUUACGUGUGAAAUGAAAAAGAUUUUAAUGUUGCGUUUGUAUUAAAACUAUCACAGGGUAUAUUAUGUGUCAAUGGUUUUGUGUGUAUGACGGGGGAUUUGAGUCAAAAGUCAGUGCACUAUUGUUAGUGCUUUUACAUCUCUAAUGCUGCAAAUGCUGAAUGUCAUGUGUAAAUUACACUAAGUCAAAUGUAAACAAUCUUGUAAUACUGACAAAUACAAAGGUUUUAUGUUCUGUGUAACACUAUUAGCACUAUUACAUUUUGUGAUGUAAACAAUUCAAUAAAACUUAAUUUAUUUAAUAUU